UUCUUUCUGCAUGAUUGGGAGGAAGACUUGCAGGGGGUGGACAAUGUCAGAUAAAAAGCUUGCAUGUGCAUGCAUACAUGGAAUAAUUCAUGUGACUAUUGCAGCAGCUUUUGUUCUUCACCUUUUCAAUAGUGUUUGCUCAUUGUUGUGAGUUACUGGGUACUAACAGUGAGUGAGGAUAUACUGUGUUUUAUCUGCUAAUGCUUACUGGAGAAAGGGAAAAAAAGACAAACUGAAGAUGCAUUCAUUGGGUUGCCACAGCAAAAGAGAUCAACAUAAUGCAUGCCAAUAUAGCUCGGUCGCGAAUUGGAAAUCGCCCAGCCUUCUUUCCAGACCAGGUUGCCACAGCAAAAGAGAUGAACAAAAUGCAUGCCAAUAUAGCUCGGUCGCGAAUCGGACAUCGCCCAGCCUUCUUUUCAGAUCAGUUAACUUAUGCCUUCCUAUGCGACGCAAUUCUCAGGAAAAGACCCCGUCUCUUCCUCUUGAGCAUCCAUACAUCAUACACGUUCAUUGCAGAAAAGGUAACGAGAAAGGAGCCAAAUUCAUGGAACUCGCCUGUUGGACUGAUGACUUGGUCAUUAAUGAACCCGCUAAGUUGUUCUUAAAGUGCGUUGAUUUCAAUGGCCAUGAGUCGAUCUCUGGACAACACGAGGAGCUGGAAUUUCAAUAAUUGAAUAAAUCAAUCCUUAUGAACACGUGUUGGACCUGAAAAUUAGUCAUCAAGAUGUAUGUCGCAUACCUCAGUAUCGACCACCUGAUAUGACGCGUGUCCAUUGAAUCCAUGCAUGAAUUCAAUUACAUAAAACCACAUAAAUUAUUGCCUGAGCUCUGCUUCCUACAAGGAAAGUCAUAUCGGAUAAUCCAUUCUUUCACGAAUGGUCGGUGUAUAACAUUCUUCUUGAUGUAUCGUAGGUACACUCUGUAUUUGUGUGAUUAUUACUGUAAGUAGACUUAGAUUCAAUCAAUCAAAUAUUACAAGAGCAAUAACAAAAUGGUCGGGUUUUACCUCUGUAGCAAGUCAAUGACAGGUUGGUAGGUUUCUUUAAGAUUAUUUUGUGAGUCGAAGACAACGAUAUUGCUAAUAUGUGACUGGAUGAUAAGGAGGAUCCAAUGAUAACUACACAUAGGUCACCAUAGGUUAGUUGGUCCUAAUUUCUAACUAUGUAUUGCUCAAAAAAGUAGAACAUUCAUAAAGGAAAACACAUACCCAAAGUGGUAGGGCAAAAGUAUGUAUUUCUUCAAUUGUAGCUCCAGAAUACACUUCAAUGCAUAGUCCUCGG